AUGCUUCCGUCGGAAGUCGGCGUCAAGUCAACCAGGGAGAAUCCAGCUCAGGAUCAGACCAAGAGAAAGCGUCGAGGUCUCAAUCAUCGUCAUCACGCCGACUUUGCCGCUCAGGCGGUGACCCCGAUCGACAGCCAAGCUACGCUCGAAGGAUCAGACAACUUGAAUUCUCCGGCGGUACCUCUAGAGGGCCCUGCUUUCAGAAACCAGUUCCGUCCAGGCGUCGAAGGGCGGCAUGUCAUCCUCCCAGACGAACCUGACGAGCCUGACGAAGAGUCUGAACGAGAUGCGAGUGGAUUGUCUUUUCUCCGAAGAAUCUAUCGCCAUCUGACUUCUAUCAUCUCGCUUGACACCUUUCCACGCUCAAUUUACUCUGAAGCCGACCAAGAGCCCAUCUGGGCGGAUUCUGCGCCCACUUUCUUCGUCCCGCCACGAGAAGAUUCCGAAGAGUAUAUCCAAUGUUAUUUCAGCUAUUCGAAUGUGACCUACCGGUAUGUCUCGAGACUGGUCAUUGACGAGCUCUUCGAGCGGUUCUACAAACCGGAUACCAGUCCUCCGAAGGAUCACGGGUCCAUGGCAAUGCUGUUGCUGGUCAUGGCUCUCGGAUGCAUCUGGCUUCCUUCGUGGAAAGGGAACAGCUUUGAUCUGGCCAAAAAGCAAUGUGUUCGAAUUCAGCGAGCAGCCUUGCGAAGCCUGCAGUUGGUCUCGUCCAAUUUCCCUCCGUCCUUGCCUACAGUCCAAUCCUAUGUCUUGAAUUGUCAUCUAAACCUUGCUCUGGCCCGCUACGACUCGGCCUGGGUGUCAUUAGGAAUGGCAAUACGACUGGGCCAGAUGGUCGACCUGCAGUCGCUUGGGCGCCCCGCCAAUCCCAACAACCAACACACCAUGAGCUGUUUGUUCUGGUCGAUGUUCAUGCUGGACAGGUAUCUGUCGCUCGUCCUCGGCCGUCCAACCACCCUGAACGAGGAAGACAUUACGCGACCAUACCCAGAGACCGUUGUUGGCCCUCGGGGAGAAGUCGACGAAGAGGAAUCUAGCCUGAUGCCGGGUGUUGUGGCCCACGUCAAGCUUACCAGGAUCAUGGGCCAUAUCAACAAACGUCUCUACCCCAAACGGAUUAAACUCGACCCCCGAGCUCGUGAUGUGGCAGUUGGCGAAUUGGCGCAAGAAAUCGAACGUUGGAAGGCAGAAACACCUCCAUUUUUCAACCCGGAAGCAGCAUCAGAGAAUGGACCGGCCUCCCCUUUUCACAUUGUUCCGGGCAUUUUCAUCCGGUAG